UGCUACAUGCCAAAACUACAGCACUGAUUUCAGAAUGGCGACUGUCUUCGCGUAAAGUGAGCUCGUUUCUUAUUUGCUUGUGGCUUCGUGCAAUUGACGUGUGUACGCGGGAUCUCCUAUGCGACCGUGACACGGAGCUCACCGAGAAUGAUAAUUGACAAUCCGGAUCAGUUCAAGGCGUGGCUCACCGCUGUGCUGGAGCCGCUAUGUGAUGCGGAUCCUGCUGCACUGGCGAAGUAUGUCUACGCUUUGGUUAAAAAAGACAAAACUUUAGAAGAAUUACGCGGUGGCAUGGUUGAGCAAUUGGAUGUAUUUCUUCAACAAGAAACCAAAAACUUUGUGGAAUUGCUCUUUAAAACACUGGAGACUCAGGAAUAUAUACUUCCACCAUCUAAGAGUGAUCCAGAUGGUGGUGGAACUCCACCUGGAAUAAACCCACCAGCUCCAGUUGUAUCAUCAACAACAGAAAAAAUAAUGGAUACAACAAUUCCAUUAGUACCUAUGAUUACAAAUCCCCCAGCUUCACUUCAAAUUAAUGGAUCUACGCCUGCUGUAAUUAGUAAGCGCGAGACUAGAAAGUCUGAUUCCGAUAAGGACAAAGAAAAGGAAAAACGUUCUCGAAGCAGGAGUGGAAGAAUGAGAUCAAGAACACGAUCACGAUCACGAUCAUGGGAAAGGGAUAGACGUAGAUCUAGAAGUAGGGAACAUAUCCGGCGUGAUAGAGAAAGAGAUAGAAGUCGUCCAUGGCGAAACGAAUCUCCACCGAUCAGUACCAGACGACAUGAUCGCAGACGUACUAGAAGUCGUAGUACAUCACCCAUACGACCUAGGAUACGCGAUGGUCCAGAUAGUCGCGAUCAUCGAGCAAGGUUCAGAAACAGAUCUCCGACUCCACUUCGAUCCCGUUCGCGUUCAAGAUCAAUAGAGCGAAAGAAGAUUGAUCGCUUUGAGAGGAUAGAGAUAGAUAGAACGGAUCGAAUCGAGGGAAGUCCUGGUGAUGGUACACCGACCCAAGAUAGUAAUCAUGGAGAUGUAGACAUGAGACUGUCUACAACUAGUCAAUCAAUACAAAGUGUUGUAGCUGUUGCGAGUAGUAUUCCAAAUAAUCAGACAGGUUCUUUUCAACAACAAGCAAAAAGACGUUGCAGAGAUUUCGAUGAAAAAGGAUAUUGUAUGAGAGGUGACCUUUGUCCUUAUGAUCACGGUACAGACCCAGUUGUGUUAGAAGAUGUAACACUUACUCGUGUUUUGAGUUUUGGACCACAUAGCACUCAAGCUCCAGGAACAGUUCCAGUAGCCACGGUACCGGAACCUCCACAGGGUCCUAAUGGUAAUCCACCACCGCCACAUCUUCCCCUUUCCAGUUUACCACCCUCUCAGUUAAGAAACCAUCAUUCUAACAUGGAUGCUUUUACAGAAUAUAAUCCAGAUGCGCCUAGCAUGGAGCCACGAAUGUCAUGGGGUAGACAUCCACAACCCGCACCUGGAAUUUACGGCAGGGGACAAAGAGAACUGAUCAGUGUACCAGUUAUUCCCCAUACAAAUUCAUCAGAAAUAACUCAUACUCAAAGCAAUCCUUUAAAACGCAAACAAACAUUCGACUUUAAUCGACUGGGACCGAAACAGAGAAUGGUACAUAAUCCGGCUAAUUGUUCUCUUGAAUUGAAAAAAGUCCCACGAAGUUUAAACAAUAUAACUCAAUUGAAUAAUCAUUUUUCCAAAUUUGGUAAAAUUGUAAAUAUCCAAGUUAAUUUUGGUGGCGAUCCUGAAGCAGCGUUAGUUACCUUCCAGCUGCCAACCGAAGCAAAAUGUGCUUAUAGAAGCACAGAGGCUGUGUUGAAUAAUAGAUUUAUAAAAGUAUUUUGGCAUAAUAAUGUCAAUAAUAAUGCAGCUGGCGGAGCUAUCGAAAAUGUGCCACCAGGUAAGAUAGCACUUUUAUCAUCCACAAUAAAUAUUAUAAAAUUGCCGAACGUCAUUUAUAUAACGAAAUUAUUAUAUCUAGGUUGCCGUCCUUCUGUGAAAGAAAGGCUAGGCGCUGCGGUAACAUUACCUGCAAAAACUGAAGAUAAUGAAUACGUUCCUACGCGUCGUUCGACCGAGGAACAAAUCACACAAACUUUAGUUCCAACUUCACCUAAAGCUAUCGUUCCUAGUCGAGAAGACAAAGUUCUCGCGAUAAAAAAAACGCAAGAGAUAUUAGCGGCUAAAGAAACAUUGAAAAAGAAGCAAGAGGAAAAGCGUAAAGAAGCAUUAAAGUUAACAGCUGACUUGCGCAAGAGGAAACAAGAAUUAUUAGAUAAGCAUCUAAUCGAACUGCGCGCCCUGAUCGACAAGGCUGAAAAGAAUCCAGAACAAAAGGACUCGAUCAUGCCGACGAUAAAAACUAUGCAACAAUCAGUCGAUAAUUUACGCAAAGAUUUAGCCACGAACGGUCAAGUAGGCGGUAACAAGUCGCAGGUGAAGUCCAGAGAACAAGCGCAAAAGGAGAUACUAGAUGCCGAGUUAGAUUUAAUGACUGCACAACAAGAAGGCCAAGACGCAGGCGAAUUGCAGAAAAGAUUAAAUGAGCUUCGAGCCCAAGCAGCCGCGUUGGGCUUAAACACAAACCCUAGCGUGGGAAGAGGUACAAAGGCCAAUCGGAUCGCGCGUGGUACUCACUCGUUAUCUUAUAGAGGCCGUGGUAGGGGAAGUUUCACUCAUGUCUCGGUAGAUCAUCGGCCAACGAGUCUUCUAGUCUCCGGUUAUGAAACUGAAGAAAAAACAGAAGUUCUAGCGCAUUUUCAACAAUUUGGUGAAAUAAUGAAUCAAAUAGUAGACGACGCGACUCCUUCGAUCGUAAUUAAUUUCAAGUCAAGAAAAGAGGCUGAAGUGGCUCUGGUGAAAGGACGCACAUUUCAAGACAGACUGUUAUCAAUAACUUGGGUAUCUGGCCAUCAUUUGCAUCGGGGAGGAGCUGGUACUAACUCAAGCGCAUCUAUACAACUCUCGCGUUCUGAACAAAUUGCGCCUGUCACAGAUGAAGACAUUGAUUUAGAAGGCACGGAGGCGUUGCUUUUAGAGGAAAAUGAGGAGGAGGAAGACGAAGACGGAGAGCCACGCAGCUGGCGGCGAUAGCAGCAUCAGCGUCAGUGCCGUUUGUGACAGGAGCUUGAUGUCAAAUAUGACGACAGUGUGAUUCUCCGGGCCGAUCAUCGUAUGCGACCUGUUACUUACGCCUACUUCGCUGCACCGCCGAUUAAUACAUUCAUUGCCAUGAUUUUCACAAAGGAAUCGAAUUACAUCGUGCUCAUCAGCAUUAUCAUGUGUGUUACACUAUUUGUUAAUAUUAUUGAAUAUAAUAUACACAUGCGCAUCAGUGAUGGUACAAUGUACCAUAUUUAAGCAGCGCAUCAUGAAUAGAAAAAGAAAAGAAAUCAACACAUAAGUUUCCAAACAAAAAUAAUUAACCAAAAUUUAUCCUUAUUAUUUGUAGAAUAAAAUCGCUAUGUUUUGUAUGGGAAGAAACAAAAAAAAACACACCUGUCAUUCUGACAAGUCCUCUUCUUUUAUACGUAGAAUUUGAAUCGUUUUUCUAGCUCUUGUUGUUUUAAAGGCUCGUUAAUGCGGUAGACGGAUUUAGGAUAAGUAGGAGCUUGUAAUUUCGAGAAUUCUGAACUUUUUCAUUCGAAGAUGAGGAAACUAUAUUUGUAAUUUAUAUAAUACAAAUAGGUAUCUAUAUUGUAUGAUUCAAUCAUAAGUCGUAACAUUUCGCUCGACUGGCUGUUGACUUUUAUCUAUUGUAUCUAUUUAAAACGGUUCUUGUAAUAAUGAAACAAGUACAAUGUA